CCUCAGGACGCUAACUCCCCUUAUGUCCUCCACUACACUGCCUUCGACGGGAAGACGGGAGGAGUCGGCGAGCGUCGCACCUUGGAGGUCGACGCUGUUAUCGGAGCAGACGGCGCCAAUUCUCGCGUCGCCAAAUCGAUUGGCGCGGGUGAGUACGAAUACGCAAUUGCCUUUCAGGAGAGGAUCAAGAUCCCGGACGAUAAAAUGGUAUACUAUGAGAMYCUCGCCGAGAUGUACGUCGGAGAUGACGUGUCGCCCGAUUUCUACGGUUGGGUCUUCCCUAAAUGCGACCACGUCGCAGUGGGAACAGGGACGGUGACACACAAAGGGGAUAUCAAGAAGUUUCAGACGGCUACCAGGAACAGAGCCAAGGAGAAGAUACUAGGCGGUAAGAUUAUUCGGGUGGAGGCGCAUCCUAUUCCGGAGCACCCGCGGCCGCGCAGGGUAGCGGGGAGGGUGACACUCGUAGGGGACGCGGCUGGGUACGUGACGAAGUGCUCGGGCGAGGGAAUCUACUUCGCGGCAAAGAGUGGGCGRAUGUGCGCAGAGGCGAUUGUGGAGGGUUCGGAGCAUGGGAAGAGGAUGAUCGACGAGUCGGAUUUGAGGAAUUAUCUGGAGAAGUGGGACAAGAYGUACUGGCCGACUUACAAGGUGUUGGAUGUUUUGCAGAAGGUAUUUURCAGGUCGAAUCCGGCCAGGGAGGCGUUUGUGGAGAUGUGCGCYGAUGAAUAUGUCCAGAAGAUGACGUUCGACAGCUAUCUGUAUAAGACGGUGGCGCCUGGGAACCCCCUGGAAGACAUCAAGCUCGCCAUUAAUACAAUUGGGAGCUUGGUGAGGGCCAAUGCAAUGAAGAGAGAGAUGGAGAAGAUCACCUUAUGAAGCUCAUUUUCUGGGUUGAACAACUUCUUAGCAUAAAUUCUCYUGUUCUUUCGAUCUUAUUUUCUUGUGGAAUCAAUCAAGAGGAGAGAAAUGGCCUACUUCAUGAAUUGUCUAAAGCAAARUGGUACUUAUUACUUAUGAGUUCAUGUAUGUAGAAUUAAUUUACAUUUUAUCUUUUAAUUAACAACAGUAGAAAAUUUUCUGAUA